AUGGAUUCAGAAGAGCGAAGGAAGAUAAAUCGUCUUUCACGCAAAGUCUGUAGCUCUAGUAGCGUUAAGAAGCGCUUGUUGAAAAAUCGCAUCACGUCUUCAUCUGGCAAAUCCUCUUUAAAGGGAAAGAAGCACGUUGGUGAUGGUGUUCACUCGUCAAAGUCUUCAGUCUCAAAACACGUAGAUUUUUCCCUCGACUUUUUCAAAACAUGUGCCGAAAUGAAUGCUGUCGCUCCCUUUUCUGGAGAGGGCACGGGUGUCCUGCAAAGGCACCUCCAUCAAAUCACAACAGCUCUUGUGCAAACCAGUUUAAGAAUCAUGGAGCAACAUCGACGUGGCACUCCUCACACCUCCGAUAUCGAUUCAGCCGCAUUAUCCAUGGGUCUAGAUGUUCCAUAUGGCGCAGCCAGUGGCGAGGUUAUCAUGGUCAGAACGAAUGGACGCAACGCAGCACCUGGAGCCGGUGGGAAGAUGUUCUUUAUCAGAAAAGACAAAGAGGUCGAUAUUAAAACAUUACUCAGGCGCGAGCCUUCUCCCGUUAUCUACGAUAUUAGCUUAGGAGUUCAUUGGUUGGCGGUAGACGGAGUGCAGCCAGCUUCCCCGCAGAAUCCUCCACCUGAUUUCUUGCGUCGCAUGUCCAUCCUUUCGGGUACACUGUCGUCGAAAGCAGAACCCCCCAAUUCUGCCGGCAAAAACGAGGAUUCCCAACAGACACCAACGGAAUCCAAAGUCGACAAGGGCAAAUCCACCGAGGAGCGAGGCGCCCACUUACGCGCAAUGCAAGCAUUACAUGUGGAGCGCCGUCCACACGAGAUCAGCCAGGAGCUCAUGCUCUUCUUUCGUGAGAUAACCGAAGGCUGUGUUGGCGCCAACGAAGCCCGACGUCACGACGCGCUGGAGAAUGCCGCCCUGGAUACCGGUCUGCAGCCGCUCCUCCCCUACUUAGUGAACUUCAUCACCGAGGGGGUUCGUGUCAAUGUGACCAAUAAUAAUCUUGCCAUACUGAUCUACCUCAUGCGGCUGACUAAGGCCCUCAUCGACAAUCAGCACAUCUCGUUGGAGGCCUAUUUGCACUUGCUGGUGCCGACCGUCAUCACGUGCAUCUUGUGUCGCCAUCUUUGUGCGAAACCGAUCACCGACAACCACUGGGCACUUCGGGAUUACGCCGCCAAGCAACUCGUCACUCUCUGCAAUAGGUACAACACUUCGUCUAACGGACUGUAUAAUCGAAUAACCCGCGAACUCUACCGUGCUCUGUGCACCUGGAUUGAUGGCAAGUCGGCCACUACCGGUCAGUCAACCUCGGCGGACGGGUCGCAGUCAGGCGACAAUGCGAUGGACGCGACCCCUUCCGCAGCCGGCUCUUCAGUCACCUCUGACGCUGAGCAGCGCAAAGUAGCGGUGGCAAGUGUACCCGGUGUCUCCCUCGGUCUUGCCGUGAACUCUCUUAACACCCUCUAUGGCAUGUUGAGUGCUCUUUCCGAGUUUGGCCCCAAUUGUUUGCGCAUGCUCGUCUUCCCGCGACUGCCCGCACUCUGUAAACGCCUCACGCAAAUGACUUCAACUUCGGUAAAUCCGUCGUCAUCUGAUACUCCCGCAUCGGCCGUCGUGAUGGAUCAGGAGGGACUUCACCAGACCGUCACCUCCGCUACCGCACUUUCUCAUGCCGAAAUGAGGUCCAUGGAAUCGUUGAAGAAGCUAAUGACUACACGUCUGAUGCCUCUGCUAGCAGAUUGGCGUGCGCGCCAGAACAUGCCGAACUCCCUCGAAGCGUACAAGGCCGAUUACGGAGCGAUGGCGUCGACCUUUCUUGCGCCGCAUCAGUUCGAGGGUAAUCGCCAGACCGCAACCACCGCUGGGGCUCUCAUCGUCACCAAACUUCAGCCUCUUCAUCCCUCGCCUCACUAG